UUAAAAUGUCGCCCACAGUUGUGAAAAAAUGAAGUGAUUUCCGAAAAUUGUUGCUAAAUUACUAAACAAAAGGUGAAAUUAAGAUUUGUAAUGGCCCCGAAAAGUGAAUAGUGUUGGUGGAGUCCUAGUUGUGCAUGAAAGAACCGCCUUCCAAAGAAGGGAGCCCAAUGGCGAGUAAUGAAGAUGAAUAAAUGCCAACGACGCCUGGAAUUUCAAUCAAAUGUGUACAAAUGUUAAAACGAAAUUGCAAAGCGACGCCAUGCGCGCAAUGUUAAUAAAGUACAGAAACUAGAGUGAAGCAGGGAUAUAUUACUUGGCGGAUCCUCUUGGGCAAUCAAUCAGUCAGAGCGUUCUAAUCAAUACCCCUUCCUCCCACUUCAAUUUGUGUCUUGCAGAACAGGAGGAUGACUUCAAGUUGCACCUGCCUCUCCUCGUGACAAGAAGAAAGAAGACGCCCGGUGGCUCCCGCAAGCAGAGUUUUGACCACCUGGAGGUGAGCUUCACCAGAAGCAAUAGGGGUAACAACUUGCUGACCAUCGAUGGGAAGCCCUUCACCCUCAAUCGUCGGAUCAAGGAUGUGUGCUACUGGGAGUGCGUCAAGCUGCGCUGCAAGUACAUCAAGUGCUCCGCCCGUGUGGUGACCAAAUCCAAUCGGAUCUCGGCACUGAGCGGGCUCCACAACCAUCCCUAAGUUACGAACUACCUGUGCCAUCUCAUUAGUCUAAUAAAGCAUGCUACCAACUGGUGCCCAAUCGCCGCGGUGGGAAGAACCUCAUCUUCCAGGGGCACAUGUACUCCGUGGAGCGCAAGUACCGAAACAGCAUCAACUGGGUAUGUUCCAAGAACAGCAACAGCGUGCUUCGCUGCCCGGCGAGGUGCGUCACAAAUCCGGAGAGUGGCAAUGGCAUCAAGCUGAGCCACCGACGCCACAAUCAUCCGGCGGAUGCCUUUAAGCCCCACAAGCGCUGUCGAAAGCGUCCCGGCGAUCGAAAGUAACAAGUAACCAUGUUUCAGGAUGCAAAGCAUGCAGGCUUCGGCAAUUAUUUUCGCCACAGUUGUGUUUGCCGACGGAACGGAGUUACGAUAAUCGAUGGCUACCGCUUCGUGAUCGGUACUACAAAUCUGCGUCGCACCUAUCUGAAGUGCGCCAACUUUCGCAGCAACUGCCGGGCCCGGGCCAUUCUUAAUACGGAUACGAACAAAGUGCGGAUGAGGCACGACCGCCAUAAUCACUCCCGUACGGAUGCUGUGAGCGGACGUAUCUCUAAGAAGUAGCAGAUAACUCGAAAAUAGCGCAGUAUGUGCGCUCCAACCGAGGAACCGAUCUCGUUUACCACGAGGGAAACACCUACACACCCAAUGAAAAGCUGAGGGAGGGACAAAAGAGUCGAGACUGGAAGUGCUCAAUGUACCAUAAGGCCAAGUGCCGGGCCCGCCUGGUUACUCGCAUUACCGGUGGAGGGGAUAUUAUACACGUGACCAGCAACCUGCACACACAUCCCACAAUGUACACCACGCAGAAAACGGACAUUAGCGUGGUUGACCAGAAACUGUGCCUCGAAAGGAAUCCACUCUGCGUUAACACUCGAUCGAUUAAAAUGUAGAUCAAGUAAAGACCACCGACUGAUUACUCGUUACGAUUAGCAUGAUCUUCAGUAUAAAUAACGUUUUAGAUUUAAAAAGUAUUAAAAAAUGCUCAUAUACAUUCAAUAAUUUUUAAGUAAUUUCAUUUAUUUAUAAUAAGCAUAUUUUCUUAAGUUCUUUCACAUUUGAUUUGUUUACUACGACGAAUUCCAUUUUUAAUUCAAAACCGUUUUAUUUACAGGACAUCUUUCGACAUUGCGCCAUCUCCCAGUUGAGGCCAUAUUUGAUGCGGACGGCAAACAGAUGGACUUCAUACCCAACAUUCGCGUCAUCCGAAGUCAGCGGAAGACCAUAAAGCUGAUGUUUAAAAAAUAUGCCUACUCGAAGACCAACGAGCACGAUACCACAACCUACUGGCACUGCCGAAGUCGUCGCAAUGGAAGGCCUGCGUGCAAGGCCCGGUUUUCCACCAAGAAGCUCAAGAACGGUAGCUACAAAGUAUAUCUGACCCAGCCGGAGCACAAUCAUCCCCCAAAGAAGCGUCGCCUAUAAUCAGAAUAACUAUAUUUUAAGAAGAAUGAUAUAUUAAAGAGCCAUGUCUUGGCAAAAUGACUUGCACCGACUCUGAAUCUCUACUCUACUACUCUACUCUCAAAUAGCCCAGCAAAUGACCAUUUACUAAUUACAAUGUGUUCCUUUCUCCUUCCACAGAAAGCAGCGUGGCGAUCUACUCGGCAACCUCCCGGGGACGAAUGCAACUGAUUUACGGCGGACAGCCAUUCAUCUUCGAGAAGACGCUGAAACUGUCUUCGGGAGAGGAGAAGCGCUUCUGGCGCUGCAACCAAUGGUGGAACCAAAAGUGUCGCUCGCGCGUCUUCACCAUCAACGACGUUGUCUGUCCGCUUAACCGAUUCCACACGCACGAGGAGAUCGUGCGGCGAAAGAAGCGAGUGCGCCGCGUGCCGCCGGUGGAGACGAUUGCCAAGGUGGUUGCCACAACACCCAGGCAUCCGCAGCAUCAACAGACAACCCAGCAGCAACAAGAGAUUCAGCUGACCAGCGAUGCAAUUGCUGGAGCAAUACUGGAUGAUGAAUCCCCAGCUACAAUCGAUGUCAGCGAGCUGGGGAUGCACCUGAAAUACGAAGAAAUCGUAGCGGAUGUCACGGGCAUUGUGGGCGGCACGCGAGUGGUCAGUCGCCGAAAGUGAAGAUUGCUUUUUAUUUUCUGACGUAAGAUCGCAGAUUCAGAUUCCUUCUUUGUAAAAACUCAUGCUUUGAGUUUUCAUUUUUGAACUUGCCACGUCGAAAACCAAGAGCCGAACAGUUUUGAUGAAUUUAAAAAGGCUAAGCACAACCACUAGCCAAUAAAUACAAUUUUUAUUAUUAUUUUAAGGACAUAUUUUUAAAACUCUUUUUAUUAAGCGUAAUAUUCCAAGGUUUCCUCCCCCAUUUGUAAAAUUUGAUAAAUACCCCAUGAUUUCCUUUGACAUUUUGGAGUUGUUUAGAAUAAAAUCUGUUCCUUCUGUUAUGCCUUUGUUCAAACAAAAUUGACCUAGCCUACUCCCAUAAUUAUUAAUACAAAACUGCGUUUAAGAAGGCGGACAAGCUAGCUAUUAUGAUACAGCUUAUAAACAAUUUAUUAUGUGUACAUUUAAUAAACGUAAGACCCAAACAGUGCAAUUGAAUCGUUGUAGAACCUCCGAACUUUCUCCACAACCCACUUGAGAUCCUUCCUUCAAGCGAAUAUCACCGACUUACUAACGCACCGGGUCACAUAUCUAUUCUCUUUUAAGGUGACGCCACCCAGUUCUUCUUCACCAAGGGUCAGCGCGAAUCGGUCAAACUCAACUACUGCGGUCAUAGCUACGUCAAGUUCAUGGAGAAUGGACGCGGCACCAAGUGGAUUUGUGCCACGCGCUCCACCACCAAGUGCCGUGCUCGCAUCCGUACCACCAAAAACAACUACCUGGAGGUACUGUAUGCGUCCCACAAUCACGGUUUUCCGCCGCAGAAGAAGGAUCGGGGUCGAGCCAGCCAAAGGAUGUGAUCCAAAAUGUAACUGAGAGUGUGACUGUGACUAAAGCCAACUUCCCCUACAAUACAAUUUCAAUAGUUUACAAAACACUUGAAGCCUCCUCUAAAACAGCUUGACUUUGAAACUAUAUAUUGAAAAAAAGGCUGAGACAGCGCCAAUCAAUUUCCCAGCCAACCCAAUCCUAGUGGUCAAUCUGUCUAAUGGAUGUAGCCAUAUUUCCUUCCAUUAACCAAGCUCAAAGUUUGCCAGAUGCUUAGAUUGGCUAACACUAUUUUCGUUUUCAAUACAAAAGAACGCCUAUAUGAUCUUCCUAACUCGAAAUCUGCGAGCGAGAAAUAUACUUACAUGAACAGACUUUAAAAAAAAACGAGUUCACCAUAAUGAGGGCCCAAAAAGUGUGCUAAAGAAACAUUUUAUUCUUCAUGGUUAAAUUCUCUUACAUACUUAAAGUGAAUAUUGUUAAAUAGGAAAUGAAAUUAAAUUUUUCGAGAGGUUACGACACACCACGAAGUGCAGAAAUCAAAAUAAUAUAGAUCUUUUCUAACU